UUUAUUUGGGGUGGGGUUAUGUAGCCUACAUUGUACCUCGAAGAUUAAAUGUUGUUCAUUCAUUCGUCGUUUUAAAUAUAUACUAACAACAUAGUAGAAGCAUAUCGCUCUCACAUAGGCUAAUUCGUUUGUUCUAAAACUGCAGCUUUUCAACCAAAUCGUAUAACCGUGUUUUACUUCCAAGUGAGUUUUGGAGAAAGGGAAAUCGGUAUGACCGUUUCGAUCCUCCCCCCUACCACCAUCACCCGUUGUGUAAGACAGAUAUUACUCGUCUCAUACUGCCUGCAGUCGAAAUAAAUAAAUCAAAUCAAAUUUGAUAUACCCGUGCUUUGAACAGGGAACGACUGCCAUCCCUCAUACGUCCUUUUACUUGUGUAUGUUUGCCGCUUGUGUUAAUCUUGAUUUAGUCUUCCCUUUCCCCUUUAAUUUUUUUUUUUUUUUCUGCUAGGGAAAUUGCUCCACCACCAGCAUCAGCAGCCGCUGCACCUUGAUGUUGUGGUAGUGUGUGCGCAUGCGCCCCACAUUGGAAUUACUGCACUGACCAGAAUAAGUUGGAUCUCUCUUCUGUCUUCACUGAAAUCCUAAAUCAUAUCAAAACUAUGGCGAUGUUGAGAAUCAAGAAAAGGAGCAACUUUGGUUUUUGGACGUUUCCCUUAAUAGUGGCAGUGGUCUGUGCGCAAAGUGUCAAUGACCCUAGCAAUAUGUCACUGGUAAAAGAAACUGUGGAUAGACUGUUGAAAGGAUAUGACAUUCGCUUGAGGCCAGAUUUUGGAGGUCCCCCGGUGGCAGUUGGCAUGAAUAUAGACAUUGCCAGUAUAGAUAUGGUAUCUGAAGUCAAUAUGGACUAUACACUGACAAUGUAUUUCCAGCAAGCAUGGAGAGAUAAACGGCUGUCAUAUUCUGAGAUUCCUCUGAAUCUAACUUUGGAUAACCGAGUUGCUGAUCAGCUUUGGGUCCCUGAUACCUACUUCCUGAAUGACAAGAAGUCAUUUGUACAUGGGGUCACAGUUAAAAAUCGAAUGAUACGCCUGCAUCCUGAUGGGACAGUCCUUUAUGGGUUAAGAAUUACUACGACCGCAGCUUGUAUGAUGGAUCUGAGGAGAUAUCCCUUGGAUGAACAGAACUGCACUUUAGAGAUAGAGAGCUAUGGCUACACCACAGAUGACAUUAACUUCUACUGGCGUGGGGGAGAUCGUGCUGUGACGGGAGUGGAACGGAUUGAGCUGCCCCAGUUCUCCAUUGUAGACUACAACCUUAUCUCCAAGGAUGUGGUGUUUUCCACAGGGGCUUACCCCAGGCUCUCCCUCAGCUUCAAACUGAAGAGAAACAUUGGAUACUUCAUCCUGCAGACAUACAUGCCUUCAAUUCUGAUCACAAUUCUCUCUUGGGUCUCAUUUUGGAUUAAUUAUGAUGCCUCUGCUGCCAGAGUUGCUUUAGGAAUUACCACGGUGCUCACCAUGACAACAAUUAAUACUCACUUAAGAGAAACCCUCCCCAAGAUCCCCUAUGUCAAAGCCAUAGAUAUGUACCUGAUGUGCUGCUUCGUGUUUGUGUUCUUGGCCCUGUUGGAGUAUGCACUGGUCAACUACAUCUUCUUCGGAAGGGGGCCACAGCGACAGAAGAAGGCAGCAGAGAAAGCAGCAACUGCAAACAAUGAGAAAAUACGAAUGGAAGCUAACAAGAUGGAUCCUCAUGAAAAUAUUUUACUGAGCACUCUUGAAAUGAAGAAUGAAAUGGCCACCUCUGAGCUCACAUUGGGCCUUAGUGACCCAAGAAGCACCAUGCUUGCUUAUGAUAGUUCCACCCUUCAGUACCGCAAGGCAGGAUUGGCCAGGCACAGCUUUGGACGGAAUGCAAUGGAAAGGCAUGUAGGACAAAAGAAAAGCAGGCUACGAAGGCGUGCUUCCCAGUUGAAAAUUACUAUCCCUGACUUGACUGAUGUAAACUCUAUCGACCGGUGGUCACGAGUGAUUUUCCCCAUGGUUUUCUCCUUCUUCAACGUUGUUUAUUGGCUCUACUACGUGAAUUAAGAAGAUUGAGGAAUGCAGAAGACAGCAUUCAAUUUGUUGAUCGAUUUUACAACACAAGCCAGACUUUUGAAUUAUUACAUCCAAAAUAAAUCAGGACUAACUACAUUUGAUCUUUGAACACCUUAAUUGCUGGCUAACACAUAUACAACCUUAGAGGUGUGAGAAACGAUGAACGGUGCCUAUUCCAGAAUUUAGCAUAUACAGUAAAUCCAUCGAUUAAGCCUACACUAUUAUGUUCAUAUUUAUUUAUUUAUUUAUUUAUUUACGUGCCUAUGUAUUUAUAUUUUCACAUUACAGUGACUUUAUAACCUUUCCUGUCUUAAUUGAUCAAAUUCUGGAACUUUCAAUGGGUCAAGCAAAAUUCCAUCCACUGCUAUUUAAAAAAACAAAAAAAACAAAACAAAAAAAAACAUCAGAAUAAACUAUAAAGACAAUGUUUAAACAGACAUAUGUUAAAUGUCUGAUUUCACGUUGUAUCUUGUUUUUUUUAUUUACUGAUACAGGCAGAACAGGUGAAAGUCACUUAAAUUGUACAUUUUUAUGAAUUAUUUUCGUUCUACUGUUACCUUAUUUUGCAUGCCUCCCAUUGUGUUUUUGUGAAGUGUUUUAUACACAAAUUGAAUAUUAUUUAUUUAUUUGUGUUUGUUUCACUUUCCAUGUACAGUAAAAUUGGAUACAAGGCUUUAGACGUGGUCUGAUGUGGUCAUCUGACUGAUUCCGUAUAUUGCGUCAUUCAAUUCUGUUUUAUUUUAUUUUGUAAUUGAGAAACUGGCUUUCUAACUGUUAAGAAGAUACCCAACCCUUUUAUGACAAAUAGACACACAUAUGUUUCUCUUACAUUGAUAGCAUUCACAUUUUGGUCAAGUGUGAAUUCUGGGAUGAUUCAUUUUCAGCACUAUAAAAUCAAUUUUCAGAUUAACCAAAGCUAACUGGGCCAGGGAACCUUCUAUGUCAAGCAUUUUGUACUGCCAGUUAUUGCAAAGAAUGUGCUGUUAAUAACAAACAAAUAUUUCUACUAGGACUCUUAUUUACUGAAUGAGAUAAGCCAACUGAAACUUACUCAAUGAGACAUUCAAUCAUAAUUGACUUCCAAAGUUUUUUUUUUUUUGUUUGUUUUUUUUUUUUGUUCAAAUACUUGCUUAAAAUUCUUAAAAGCAGAUUAUUGUAUAUAAACAUGGCCUGAUAUAACAGAAUUGCACUUUUUUAUAUUUAUUGUAAGACAGGAUGGUACCCAAUUAUGAACUUGAUUGGUCUUGUUUUUUUAGGAGUUACUUAAAGGCAGUAAACACGGUAAAAAAAAGUUUUCACAAUUAAUAGUAAUGACACACAUCUUUUAAAGCAAUGAAAAUAACAAUGAUUUCUUCAAACCCCCUAACGUUUUUCUAGUAUUAAAGAAACAAAAAGACAUUUUGCAACAUAGCUGUAUUCCAAAUUUGCCCUGCCAUCUUUAGGACUGGUUCCUAAAAAGAUACACGUCUCUGGUUGUAAAUCCCAAGUUUUGAAGAGUACAUCUGAAAUUAAUGCACUGCAUGUAAGUCAUUUUAAUAUAAACCUUUGACAAUAUAAAUAGACUUUUCUAUCCUUAUAAAACAAACAGGAUCUAGAGAGAAAGACUCAAUAGAGUGCAUAAAUUGACCUUCAGCUUUUGCAAUGUGCAGUGUCAGCUUCUGACUGUAAGUGACAAAUCUAACUGAUGUUGUCAACAUUGGAAUUGAGCUACUUUUCUUGUUAAGUUGUUGUCCAACAGAUUUAACUGCAGGAAAACACAUUAAGUCUGUUGCCAAACAGAUUGAAAUAAAUCAGACUGCAAGUCCAUUGCCAAAUCCACCACAUACUCACUUUUCUACAUCCAUAUGGAUAAAGCCCCUGUGCCCAAGAAAGCUAGUUUAUAUUAAAAAAAGAAAAUGUAUGAAUUUCAAAAGAUACAAAAAUGAGCUCACCCCCCACGUUGUAUUAAAUAAGCUUAAAGCUUAACUAGAGGAAUACAUUGCAAGUUGCAUAGGAAACUAAAAGUACUUACUUUUAAUAUUUCAAAUUAAGUGACAUACGUUUACCAUGAGUUUAUCUAUCUAUCAAUAAAUCGGUUAUUGUGUAUACCGUUAUAAUGGGCCAUUGUCCUUGGCAUUCUUUAUCCCCCUAUCAUUUACUUUAUUCAUACAUUUAAAUGUUCCUGCUUUUUGCAAGAAUCAGUACCACCAAGUAAUAUAAUAUAUUUCUAAUGAAAGUCAUUAUGCAAAAAAAAAAAGUUGUUAAGUAGUUACUUUCAGAUAUUUUCAGAUACUAAUCGAUUUCAUAUAAUAAUAAAAAAAAAAAAUAAUACAAAUCUAAUUUGCAAUUUUAAUUGUCAGCAAUUCUGAGUAGUCCCAACAAUUGUAUUUCUGCAUUCUAAAUUAUACUCAAUAUGGGAUACUGAGCCAGCAGUUAAGGCGUGUGUUAUAGACAUUUCACAACAAAUU